AUGAGCACUUACAGGAAUUAUAGUAAUUAUAAUAAUAAUAAUAAUAAUAAUAACAAAAAAUCCAACAGAAGACAUGGAAAUAGUUUCAACAAUUCUUUACAAAUUGCAUCUGUAAUAGGUGCAGGCUCUAACAAGAUUAAAAAAAAGAUAAGAGAUACAGAAAGAUUACUAACAAAAAAAAAGGACACAUUACCAGAUACUGUUAAAAUCGAAAUGGAAAGAAAAUUAGAUGCCCUAAAAUUAGAACUCGCUAACGCAAAAAUAAGAACUAAAGCUACAAAAAAUGCCAAAAAAUACCAUAUGGUUAGGUUUUUUGAAAGGAAAAAGGCUUUGAAAUUGUAUAAAAAAAUAUCCAGUGAAUUGGAAAAAAAUCCAGAGAACCCAGAUUUGUCAGAAAAAUUACUUCAAGCUUCAAUCGAUUUAUGCUAUGUGGUCAAUUUCCCUAAAACUGAAAAAUAUAUUUCGUUAUAUCCUUCAAAUAAAACAACAGAAAAUUCUGAAAAUUUAACUACUUUGAAAAGGAAAACUUAUAGAGACCAAAUUGCAAAAGAGUACAAGCAAGGCACUUUAGCCGUUUCCUUAGACGAUAUAUUAAAGGGUAAGAGGUUAGAUAAAGAUAUAAUAGGUACUCUCCACGUUGAUAGUGCCUCUAAUGUCCAAGAAAAUAUCACAGAAAACGAAGAUAAUGAAGAGGACGAUUUCUUUGAAUAA